CUUUGUUGUAAGCACAUCCAGGUAUCUGGAGAAUGAAAGACCUCAGAUUUCAUAAAUACUCCCUCGUACCAAGAACGAUAGAAGGGGGCGGAGGUCAUGAGGAAGUCUAGAGGAGCACUUUUCCCGGAAGAGAAACUCUGCAAAUGGCUGACUCAUCUAUUGUUAGCUUUGGAGCAUCUGCAUUCCAACCGCGUUCAUCAUAGAGACAUCAAGUUAUGUAACAUAUUCAUCACAAAGGACAACGACAUCAGGUUAGGUGAUUUUGGAUUAGGAAAAUUGCUAGAUGCAGAAGGCCUUGCUUCCUCGGUAUCUGGCACACCAAACGACAUGUGCACUGAGCUCCUUGCCGGCAUACCCUAUGGCUAUAAAUCUGAUAUAUGGUCGCUUGGUAAGAAAUAAGAAUGUUGAUGAAGCAAUGUAUUUCAGCUCUUUACAUCA